GUGGUAAAGUCAUUCAUUACGUACUAAGAACCCUUCAGCAUAACUUGCGGUCUCCCGGAAGUGCGUGACAUUGUAGUCAAUGAAUAGUUGCUGAAGUCUGCACACUUAACUUAACUCGCUUCUCAAAGUGUGUGAUUGGAAUGGCUCCAUUACUGGACUCGUCCUGUACAGCGCUGCUUCUUCUGCAUCUUAUCGGAGUGUGUUUCACAACUUUUGCAACCGAUGGAGUGAGAUCUGAACUCCACAUUUUCCAUCAUUCAUGUGCCCUGAAGGAAGAUGAAGGGCCCUGCAAGGCGAUAAAGGACAGAUUCUACUUCAACAUUGACAAAGGUCGCUGUGAGGUCUUUGAAUAUGGAGGCUGUCAAGGCAAUGCCAACAAUUUCGAGACUCUGGAGGAAUGUGAGCAAAUGUGUGUUGUGAGAGAGAAUAAGAGUCCAUGCCACCUGGAGGAUGAGCCGGGGCCGUGCCGGGGUCUGGUGCCACGAUAUUAUUUUGACAGCAAGAGUCAGGAAUGCAUACUUUUCUUUUAUGGUGGCUGCUUUGGGAAUGCCAACAACUUCAAGACCAUCAAAGAAUGCCAGGCUAGAUGUCAUUCUGACUCAAAACACAAGGACCUGAAUGCUCCAUCAAAGCCAGUGGAAGAGACCAAACCUGCUGUAGAAUUCAUCGGUAAACCUGAUGAUGCGCCUUUGAAUGUUUCACAUUUGCAACUGCAGAGGGAGUCACGAGUAGCUGCACUGGGAGCAGAGUUUACUCCGCCUCCCGUCUGCAUGAGUCCUAUUGACAGGGGUGAUUGUCAUGGAUCAGAGCGGAGAUUUGUCUAUAAUCCCAGGACUGGGAGAUGCCAGAUGUUUCGUUACAGUGGCUGUGGAGGCAACAAAAACAACUUUGUGCUUAAGAGACACUGCUUAAAGAUGUGCACGAAAGAGCGCAGACGGAGACAGCAGAUACGAAUAAAAACACGGAACUCCAACAUCUUACACGAUUCUGCCUAAGAUGUACAUUACUCAUGAUACUGCUAUGACAGCAUCUGCUCUGAGGCAGGACAUAAUUGAGAGCUCAUCUGGGUAUCAUACCCUGAGAGGGGGUCAUUGGAUGUGACGGAUACAAAAUCACAAAACUUUCAACACUUCAGACACAGUUGUCAGCCAUAUUGUUGACUCAUACAUUUUGUAAUACGUUUAUGAAUUUUAACCUGGGUUUUAUGUAUAGACAUUGUAUUUUAUGUGCAAAACAAGAUUUUUUACCCUAUCUAUUUUAUUGUUUCCUGGGGAUAAAAAGACUAAUAACCUGCCAUUAUAGAUUACAUAUGUAGUUUGUUUUUUUAACCCUAUUGACUAUUUAUAGCUUUUAUUAAUAUUCGCUAAGGAUUGUAAACUCUUCUUUCUGUAAUUAUUUUUUGAACUUUCAGAACUACCAAUCAUUUGACUGUGUAUUUACAUUAGUACAAACAUUUUCUUUAUACUUGUAUUGGUAUUUUGCUAUAAAUUUGUACAGU